GGCGGCAGAAUUUCACGAAUCAAUCACCAAAUGGCCGCCUCUGAAGUGACUGUAGCAGAGGAUCCUCUGCUCCCAAACGCCAUUGUUGAACACGCCGUUGACUAUAAAGGCCGUCCAGUCGGCCGAGCCAGUUCCGGUGGAUGGAGAUCGGCGUCAUUCAUUAUAGGUGUGGAAGUGGCGGAGAGGUUUGCAUACUACGGAAUCAGUUCCAACCUAAUCACCUACCUGACGGGGCCGCUGGGUCAAUCCACCGCCACGGCGGCGGAGAACGUCAAUGCCUGGUCUGGAAUGGCGAUGCUGUUGCCGCUUCUAGGUGCGUUCGUGGCAGACUCAUUUCUCGGCCGAUUUCGCACCAUUAUCGUUUCAUCCCUUCUCUAUAUCCUUGGACUUGCCUUUUUAACCCUUUCUGCUGUCCUUCCGUUCAGCAAUUCUGACUGCCAAACUGGUGCAGACAUUAAAGCAUGUUCUCCUCCUCAACUCCAGAUUAUCUUCUUUUUCUUUGCACUGUAUCUAGUAGCUCUUGCACAAGGAGGGCACAAACCCUGUGUUCAGGCUUUUGGAGCUGACCAGUUUGAUGUGCAUGAUUCAAGAGAGUGCAAACAGAAAAGCUCCUUCUUCAACUGGUGGUAUUUUGGCAUAUGUUUCGGCGCUUUUGUUACAAUCUUGAUGAUGAGUUACAUUCAAGAUAACCUAAGUUGGGGUCUUGGCUUUGGGAUUCCUUGCAUUGUCAUGGUUCUUGCACUAAUCAUAUUCUUACUAGGAACUACAACUUAUAGGUUCAGUGCCAACCACAAAAUGAAAAACCCAUUCAUGAGAAUUGGUAAAGUAUUUGUCAAAGCAGUAAAGAAUUGGUGGAUUCCGCAAUCUGUAAUUUGCAUAGAAGAGGAAAGUCAUGGAAUCCCUCCCUGUUCCCUACAGUAUCGGUUCCUUAACAAAGCAAUGCUUGCUCCCAAUGAUUCGCAAGAUGGGGAGGUUUGCACCAUCAGCGAUGUUGGAGAAGCAAAAGCAGUUCUAAGUCUUGUUCCAAUAUGGAUUUCUUGUUUGGUGUUUGGGAUUGUAUAUUCCCAGUCAGAAACUUUAUUCACCAAGCAGGGCUUCACAAUGGACAGGUCCAUAGGUACAAAUCUUGAAGUCCCAGCUGCUGCUCUUCAAUGCUUCAUUGCCUUUACCAGUCUUUUCUUGGUCCCCUUCUAUGACUGCAUCUUCGUUCCUAUUACCAGAUCCAUCAGCGGGAAGCCCUCAGGGAUAACAACACUUCAACGAGUUGGGGUCGGGUUAUUUCUAUCAAUUGUCACAAUGGUGAUAGCAGCUCUGGUCGAAAGCAGGCGCCUCAGAGUUUCUCAAGCAUAUCAGUUGGUCGAUUUGCCCGAGGCAACGGUUCCAAUGAGCGUGUGCUGGUUAAUACCGCAGUAUGUAUUAUACGGAAUUUUUGAACUAUUCGCCUCAAUUGGUAUGCAGGAAUUUUUCUAUGAUCAAGUGCCAAACGACCUGAAAAGCAUUGGGCUUGCUCUUUUCCUCAGUGUGUUUGGGGUAGGGAGCUUCCUAAGCAGUCUUCUCAUUUCUGUCAUUCAGAAAGCAACCAUUAAUGGGGAAGGUAGUGAAGGGUGGAUCUCCGGCAACUUGAAUAAUGGACAUCUGGAUUACUUCUAUUGGCUGCUGGCAUUGCUUAGCACAGUCGCAUUCACAAUCUACCUGUACUUCUCGAGAUCAUACAUGUAUACUCAGAAGUGUGUUGAUGUCUGGCGGGGUCGUCUCCUCUCUAUGGCCGCCACCGGAAGAACCAUCCUUUCCGACGCCGAAACUCCAUUUCUCCAAGACGACGUCGUGGAUGGCUCUGUCGAUUUCAAAGGCCGCCCCGCUGUCCGAUCCACAACGGGGCGGUGGCGAUCCGCAUCCUUCAUCAUAGGUGUGGAAGUGGCAGAGAGGUUUUCCUAUUAUGGAAUAAGUUCGAAUCUGAUAAGCUAUCUCACUGGCCCUCUCGGCCAAUCGACGGCGGCGGCGGCCGCCAAUGUGAACGCCUGGUCCGGAGUUGCGUCGCUUUUGCCUCUUUUGGGAGCCUUCCUGGCCGACUCAUUUCUCGGUCGGUACCGGACAAUUGUCAUCUCCUCCCUGCUCUAUACCCUGGCUCUGGGCUUCCUGACCAUCUCUACCGUGAUUCCUUUCGAGUCUUCUGACUCUCAAUUCCAAGUUAUCUUCUUCUUCUUUGCUCUAUACCUUGUGGCACUAGCCCAAGGUGGGCACAAGCCUUGUGUUCAAGCUUUUGGGGCUGAUCAGUUUGAUACUCAAGAUCCGCAGGAAUGCAAAGCCAAAAGCUCAUUCUUCAACUGGUGGUAUUUUGGGAUGUGCUUCGGUGUUAUGGUUACGCUAUGGAUUUUGAACUAUGUUCAGGACAACCUCAGUUGGGGUCUUGGGUUUGGUAUCCCUUGUGUAGUAAUGGCUCUUGCUCUUGUUAUCUUCUUGCUUGGGACUUAUACUUAUCGUUUUCGCCAAGACAGAGAUGAGAAGAAUCCGUUUGUGAGAAUUGGCCGUGUAUUUAUCUAUGCAGCUAGGAACCACAAGACUAGCUCUGCAGCGAUAGCCUUGGAACAAGAGACUCAGGGAAUUCUACCUAAUGAAGGUUCUCAGCAGUUCAAGUUCCUUAACAAGGCACUGCUUGCUCCCGAUGGUUCAAAGGAGGAUGGAGAAGUUUGUAGCAUCAGCGAGGUUGAAGAAGCUAAGGUCAUUCUCAGAUUGGCUCCGAUAUGGGUGACAUGUUUAGUGUAUGCCAUCGUGUUUGCACAGUCAUCUACUUUAUUCACGAAGCAAGGAGCUACGAUGAAUAGAUCUAUCAGUUCGAAUCUUCAAGUGCCCCCUUCUACACUACAAACUUUCAUUAGCCUUUUUGUUGUCAUCUUUAUCCCUAUAUAUGACUGCAUUUUGGUUCCCGUUGCACGAGCUGUAACUGGAAAGCCCUCGGGAAUAACAAUGCUUCAAAGAAUUGGAACGGGAAUAUUUUUAUCUGUCGUCUCUAUGGUGAUUGCAGCUAUAGUAGAACAGCGACGUCUUCAAAUUGCUUCAGACUACGGGUUAAUUGACAAGCCAGAUGCAACCGUUCCCAUGAGCGUGUGGUGGCUAAUACCUCAGUAUGCAUUGUUUGGCAUUUCAGACGUAUUCACCAUGGUCGGCCUACAAGAGUUUUUCUACGAUCAGGUGCCCAAGGAGCUGAAAAGCAUAGGUCUCGCUUUGUACCUCAGUAUAUUUGGCAUCGGGAGCUUCUUAAGCAGCUUUCUCAUCUCUAUCAUCGAGCAAGCCACCAGUAAAGAUGGCGGAGACAGUUGGUUUUCCGACAACUUGAACAGGGCGCAUCUCGACUACUUCUACUGGCUCCUUGCCGGACUUUCUGCACUUUCAUUGCUUGCAUACCUGUAUUUUUCAAGAUCUUAUGUCUACAACAAAGCCAUUGUGAUAUAAAAUGCUUGGGCAAACUACUCUCCAGAUUCCAGAACAGGUGCUGGGUGAAAUCUUUGUACUAUCUUGGACAUUGUGGAAAUGUAAUGUUGGUCAAUUGUUUCCCAUUUUAUGUAACACUAGAACGUAAAAUGUGAUGUAUAUAAAUGGUAAAA